AUAGAUUGUUUAUUUCGUUGUCAAGUUGAUAUUGACGACUUCAGAAUAUUGGGCAAAAUGGGAAGACCGAAGUACUUCACGCCAAACGAAGUAUCAGUUCAUAACACAGCCGAUGAUUUAUGGGUUUCAUUUUUGGGAAAAGUCUACAAUUUAACACCUCUAUGUGAAAAAUACAAAGGUGAUGUUUUAUUGAAGCCAAUCAUACAGUCAGCAGGAAAAGAUAUAUCACACUGGUUCAAUCCCAAGACGAAAGAGAUUCGCACUCAUGUAGACCCACAGACAGGCUGUGUCAUUCCAUAUUGUCCAAAUGGGAGGUUCAUCCACAUUGCUCCCCCUUUUCCAGAUUCAGACUGGGCUAAUGAUUUUGGACGCCCUUGGUGGAGAGAUGAAGGAUACCUUGUGGGAAUUUUGUCCAAGAAAACCCGAAAUAUUAAAAUAAUCAACACUUUGACAUCACAGGAGCAAGUUAUUGAGGUGUGUUCAGAAGAAAUAAUGACAGAGAUUUUGGCCCGUUACCUUCGUUACAAUGCGCAUGCUGCCAGCUACACAUGGAAAUAUGAUGGCAGAAACUUGGAUAUGGACAAGACAUUAGAAGAAAAUGGCAUACCAGAUGAGGACGAAGAGUUCUAUAAACUAAGCAUGAACGAUGACACUUUUCUCCAAGCAAUCCAUUUGUACUUCAAUGAUGACUUAACAGAGGCAUAAACAUGCCAUAUGUUUAUUGUUUUUGUAUAUAUAUGUGUAAAUAGACUCUUAUUGUAAAAUAUUAUUUUUUAAAAACCAA